UGUGGAAUCUCCCCAUCAACCUGGGCAAUGGCAAGGUGAAGCUAUCCCAGAGCGGCCUGUCUGUCAUUGUUGAGACAGAUUUUGGCCUGACCGUGCAGUAUGACUGGAAGGAGUAUCUUGUCAUCACAAUGUCGGGCAGUUUUUCUGGCAAGGUGUGUGGCCUGUGUGGCAACUUCAACGGUAAAAAGGAGGAUGACUUGGUGACUCCUGGCUCACAGAUGAGCAGUGUAGUGGCCCUGGGCAAGAGCUGGAGGGUUCCUAAUGCGAUGGAUGAUGCUCAUUGUCAAGAUGAAUGCUCGGGCCAGUGUGACACCUGUGAUAAUGAAAGAUUUUUUCACAGCCUGACUGCCAGGAUGUUCUGCAGUUUGCUCACUCACAUCAUGGAUGGACCACUCAGUGACUGUAAUGCUAUCAUUGACCCCAAAGUCUUUCAUGAGAUCUGUUUGUUUGAUAUGUGCAUGGGUGAGGGAAUGAAGUACUUCCUGUGUAACAGCUUGCAGGUUUAUGCCGACGCCUGUCAGAGGGCCGGCAUCAAAAUUCAUGACUGGAGGCACCUCGCCCAUUGCUGUGAGUAACCAAAGAGUUAGAAAUAUCUUACUUUUUGAGUUUCAACCUUAUUCUGUGAUGGUAACAUAUUUGAUUUCAAUGUGAUUUUGUCUGAAAUAGCUCCACCCUCAUGCCCAGAAAACAGCCAUUAUGAGUUAUGCGGGGUUGCCUGCCCCGCCACCUGUGAAAACCCAAAUGCUCCCACAAAAUGCAACAAAAGCUGUGUGGAGACAUGUGUCUGUGACAAAGGCUUCCUGCUUAGUGGCACUGAGUGUGUUCGUGAGGCCCAGUGUGGCUGCUUGUACAAAGACAAGAGCCUCUACAUAGAGCCUGGAGCCUCUGUCUUUACUGAUGACCUCUGUACCGAGAGAUGCACAUGCAACAAAACCACCAAGCAAGUUGAUUGUGAGAAACCAGGUUGUCCCCAGUGGUAUGAGUGCAAGGUGAUUGAUGACCUUAUCGGAUGUCACCCGUUGGCCUACGCUGAGUGCAGCAUGAGUGGUGGCCCUCACUUAGAGACCUUUGAUAGACAUGCUUACAACUUCCACGGCACCUGUGUGUAUCAACUUGCUGGGGUCUGCUCGAAAGAUCCUUCCCUGCAAAAGUUUGAAGUUUUUGUGCAAAAUGAUGCUCAUGGUACAGUUGGUUCUGGUGCAAAGCUGGUGGAGGUCAAAGUUUACGAAACUUCUAUUGUUGUCAUGAGAAACCACAAAGGCUCAGUCUUGGUGAGAUACAUUGAAGCAAAUCACAGUGAUUUGAUUUUUUCAUCUUGUUCAGUCUGGGAUUAAUCAAUCUUGUUUUGCAGAUAAAUGGAGAACUUAUGAACUUACCUGUCCAAUUCAAACGCAAUUUCACAGUCUACCAGGUUGGUGACUUUGCUGAGAUCAAGACUGAAUUUGGCCUGCAAGUCUUCUAUGACUGGCGUUUGACAGUUCAUGUCAAUGUACCCAGUACAUAUGUUGAUGCCAUGUGUGGUCUGUGUGGGAAUUACAAUCACAACCCCAGAGAUGACCUGCUGUUAAAAAAUGGCACGCAGGUAACGUCUGCAGAGGAACUAGGAAAAAGCUGGAGGGUUGCCGAGAUACCAGGCUGUGUUGAUGGCUGUAAAAAGAGCAAUGACUGUCCCAGCUGUGAUAUCACCCAGAAAAACAAAUAUGAGACUGAUAGGUACUGCGGUUUAAUACGCAAGUCCUCAGGCCCCUUCAGCAAUUGCCAUGCCAUCAGAGAUCCUGAAAGCUUUUUUAAGAGUUGUGUGUAUGAUGUGUGCCUUUACGAGGGCAAGAAAGGAUCCUGGUGUAACCAUCUUCGCAGUUACACUUUAGAAUGCCAAAGCAAAGGAGUCAGUGUGUCACAGUGGAGAAAAGAUGACUUCUGUCCCAUAUCUAAGAUGGAGUUUCCUCACAAUAGUCACUAUGAACACUGUGGCAAUGUGUGCCAUGCAACCUGUGACACUGGGUUCCCUCCCCGUGGCUGCAAAAAACCCUGCCAGGAAGGAUGGGUGUGCAAUAAAGGCUUCCUACUCAGUGAACACAAGUGUGUACCUGUUGAGCAGUGUGGUUGCAAGCAAAACGGCAAUUAUUUUAGGAAGGGGCAGAGUUUUCUGUCACCUGAUUGUCAGCAAAAAUGCACCUGCAAUGGCACGGUAAGCUUUAUAUACAGUAGCAAUUCACUUACUGACCACGUUUUACUCUACAUGUUCUAAAAAUAUCACUGUUACUUUAGAUGCAUUGUGAGACACACUCUUGUGGGCCAUAUGAGACAUGUGCCCUGAUCAAGAACGUUCAAUCAUGUCAUCCAGUUGGAAAUAGAACCUGCACAAUAUCAGGUGAUCCCCAUUACAAAACCUUUGACAACCUUACCUAUGACUUCCAAGGCACCUGCACAUACACUGCAGCUAAAUCGUGUCAUCUGGAGGGCUCAAGGCUCAGAGACUUCUCUGUGGUAGUGGAGAAUGAGAAGUGGAAACAGACAGACCAGCCAAAUGUGUCUGUAGCCAAGCUUGUUGCUGUGGAGGUGUAUGGCACUACCCUGGUCCUCCGAAUGAAUCAACUUAAAACAAUCAUGGUAAAUGGCACCUUGAAAAACAUUCCUCUUAAACUCAAUGAGGGACAAGUGGAAGUCUUGCAAGAGGGCUUUCACUAUGCUAUCACAACUGACUUUGGCCUGAAAGUGACUUAUGAUAUGAUCUACAAAGUUACUAUCACUGUUCCUGGAAACUACAAGGGCAAAACUUGUGGUCUGUGUGGCAAUUUUAACAAUGACAAAGCAGAUGAGUUCCAGCUGCCGGAUGGAAACCUGACCAAGGACAUCCAGACCCUUGGAGCAGCCUGGAAAAUGGCUGUGCCGGGGGUGGUCUGUGAAGAUGGCUUCAAUGGCGAUCAGUGCCCCAAAUGCAACAGCACACUAAAGAAAAUCUUUGAGGAAGAUUGUAGGAGUCUCACAAAUUCUACUGGUACCUUUGCUGCCUGUCAUAACCAACUAAGUCCUGAGUCUUACUACAGAGAUUGUGUCUAUGAUGUCUGCAUGUCUCAGGGAAAACGUAACGUACUCUGCAACAGCAUCUCAGCAUACUUGACUGACUGUCAGGCCAUUGGAGUAAAGAUUGACAACUGGAGGACACCUGAUUUCUGCCCUAUUAAGUGUCCUGAAAACAGUCACUAUGAGAUCUGCUCUGAAACCUGUGCCUCUCCAUGUCCUGGUCUCACGGAGAACGUCAGCUGCCCCACCACGUGCGCUGAGGGCUGCGCCUGUAAUGAAGGCUACUACUUCAAUGGGACUGGCUGUGUUGCCCUGGAGGAUUGCAGUUGUUACAGCAAUGGGUAUACCUAUAAGAUUGGUGAGUCUGUGCUAUCAGACAACUGUCAGCAGCGCUGCAACUGUACAACAUCUGGUGAAUUCAAGUGCGAACACUUUUCAUGCAGUGUUACAGAAAACUGCCAACUCAACAAUGGUAUCUUUGGCUGCCAUCCCAAACAGUGUCGGAUGGGGGCUGGAGGCUCCAUUACUCUCUUCAGUGGUGUGACUGGCCUUAUUUCUGUCAUGGGAGCGUAUGAGAUCAUCACACACUGUGACGAAUCUGCUGCUGACUGGUUCAGAGUUGUCGCCAAGCUCCAGGAGUGCACUCUGACCGGUGUAAAGAGUGUUGUCGCUGUUUACGUCUACUUUAAUGACCUGAGUGUCACUGUUACUGACACACAGGAGACCUGGGUCAAUGGUAAAAAAGUGACUCUUCCCAGCCAACAUGGAAAUAAUAUCUUUCUGAGACGCAGUGAGAAAACCACCACUAUUGAGCAGACGUCACACUUCCAGCUGUCUUACAGCAACACUCAGGAGCUCGUUGUAACUGUGAGUGACAGCAUGGCAGACAAGUUGUGCGGCGCAUGUGACAAAUUGCUGCCCUUCAGAGACACCAUGGGCUUCUGGCAGGAAAUGAUGCAAGAAUACAUGGCCUCAUUUUCUGCACAGGACUUCCCUACCUGUGAGUUGUGAAAGAAAGAUCAUCUUCUCAAGACCCAGAUCAACGCAAGAUUAUAAUCAUCAACAGAAAAUCCAUCGAUAAAGCAGCUCUGAAAGCUUUAUGUAAAAGUAAAGAUUGUAUUGGUGUUAAUAGUUCUCCAGCUUUUAAUGAAAUAAUUGCAUAAUAAACUUCAUA